AUGUCCUCUGCCACCACAUCAGACGAUCAAAUCAAGAAGGCAUUCCUCGAGACCCAGUCCAAGAUCAGCGACUACACCCGCCAGCUCAAUGCCGUCAAGACCCAGCUCUCGCUGAAGGAUCGGGAGGGCCGUCUCUGCGAUCUGACUCAUAAGGAGCUGGCGAGCCUGCCCAAGGAUACGGGUGCUUAUCGAGCUGUUGGACGGAUGUUCUUCAAGGCGGAUCUGAGCGUCCUGGCAGAUGAGCUCAAAGUCCAGAGCACCGAGGCCGCCAGGGAGGCCAAGGCUCUUGAGCGGGCCUCGAAAAAGAUCGAAGGCUCCAUUAUCGAUGCCCAGGACAACUUGAAAGAGCUGCUGAAGAAGCGGCAGGAGCUCUGA